GAUGAAUUUAACCAAUUCACUAUAUGUGUUGUUCCCUGCGGAGUAAUACAGCAAUGCUCCGUCCUAUUGGCAGCUCACCUCCGAGCGCAAUGGCUCGCAGGCCAAGCUUUGGCCACUCCGCCAACAGCAACAUUAUCGUACCAACACACCACCCGCAAGGGCCAUUGUCGGCCUGCAGUCAUCAUGCCAGAGGACUCGAAAGUGAAGGGGUUUCCAGACCUCUCAUCGAAGCUGGCUGCCGCGCCCAGAAAAUCGCUGUUCGAACGGCAGAAGGCCGAGGCGGAGGCGAAACGCGCGCGCGAAGAGGCUGAGACUGCGGCCGUCUACGAAGAUUUUGUCAAGUCCUUUGAGAACGACCCCGAAACUCUCAAUCGCCCUUCAACAUCUUCAACAGGAUCGAAGCCGAACACAUUUGGCCAUGGUGGCUCUGGGCCAGGAAGUCUGGGAACUGGCACUGCGAAGCGCCACUUCACCAGCUCCGGCACCCGCAACAGCGGUCCAGGCAGUUUAGGCCCGCCCCCGUCGUUGGCACGAAAGCGGACUCACGAUGGAUUCUAUCGAGAUAGAGAGAAAGAUCAAUCGCACGGAAUUCUCGCCUUUGAAAACUCCCACGACCCCGCCUCCGCCUUCCGGACCUCCGACGACGAGGAAGAAAGAACUGCAGAUGACAAAGAUGCCGAGAAAGCGGUCGCAAAGCCUACGUUAUUCCUAGCCUCGCUCCCUCCAGGAACGUCCCCGUCGGUCAUUAAGGCUUUAAUACCCCAGAAUCUCACGGUGGACGGUGUGAAGAUACUCCCUCCGUCCGGCCAGCCUUCCACGGAGCGGAAGUCUUUAUCCGCUAUUGUUACUCUCGCGAAGGAAACGCCGGGCUCUGAUAUCGACUCCGCAGUGAGCUCUCUACAGAACAAAUACCUUGGCUGGGGCUAUUAUUUGUCCAUAUCUCGUCACCUUUCAUCCGCAGCCAUCAAUUCUGGCAUGCCUGUGAAUGUUGGCCUAUCGUCCACUAGCUCCCUGCCCUUUGGCGCGAAGGCGAUUCAACAAGGCCCGCCAGGCAGACUCAGCCGUGCACCUCCUCCGCAAUCGCAUCGGGGUGGAUUUGCUCCACCGGGUUCAUACGGGUCGCAGUAUGGAAGGACGGGCACAACAGCGCAGGUUGUGGUGAAACCACCAUCGGAUCUGAAGCAGCUCCGGUUAAUACAUAAGACAUUGGAAAACUUGUUGACUUACGGUCCGGAGUUUGAGGCAUUGCUCAUGAGCAGGCCAGAGGUCCAGAAGGACGAAAAAUGGGCCUGGCUGUGGGAUGCACGCAGUACGGGUGGUGUGUGGUACCGAUGGAAGCUUUGGGAAAUCCUCACAAACCCAAAGGUCAGCAGGGGUCGACACGGAAGGAACGAGAAAGCCUCAUCAUUAAUCUUCGAAGGUGGAGCAAGCUGGGUUCCUCCGGAGAAAGCGAUCCGGUUCGAAUAUACUACGCAGAUCGAUGAAUUCGUCUCGGACGAUGACUACAAUUCCUCCGAAGAGGACGACUCGGACAUGGAGGAUGAGAGGCGUCGCCACGCCGCAGAUGACGUUGGCGGGAAUGAGGAUGGGGUGGGCUAUAUGAACCCUCUCCAGAAAGCCAAACUGACUCAUCUACUUGCGAGACUUCCUACUGCCAACACCAAGCUACGACGUGGAGAUGUGGCUCGCGUGACAGCGUUUGCCAUUGAGCACGCAGGUGGAGGCGCAGAGGAAGUGGUUGAGAUGCUCGUCUCCAACGUGCUCAAUCCUUUCGCGUAUACACAUGCGAAUCCAGAUCGGGAUGAGGUGCAUAGCGCUCUUAAGGAGAAUGAUGCCCCCAAGUCGGACGCUGCGGAGAAUGCAAAUGCUUCCGAAAAUCCGAAUGAAGCACCCCGCGUAUCGUCCAAGGAGAAGGUGGACACGUCGGCUGCUAAACUCGUCGGCCUUUAUGUUAUUUCAGAUAUCCUCUCGUCUUCUGCUACGAGCGGCGUUCGCCACGCUUGGCGUUACCGGCAACUUUUCGAGUCCGCCUUCCGGUCUCGAGGAGUGUUCGAGCAUCUGGGGCGGUUGGAAAAGGAACUCUCCUGGGGUCGACUCAAAGCGGACAAAUGGAGACGCAGUGUUGGAACGCUAUUGAACCUCUGGGAAGGCUGGUGCGUCUUUCCCCAGUCAAGUCAGGAACACUUUGUCCAGAUGUUCGAGAAGCCUCCUCCCACGGAGGAAGAAUUGGCAGAAGAGAAAAAGAAAGCCGAGGCAGAGAAGGCCAGCGGCGUUUUCGGCGCUAAGGGGAAGAGUCGAUGGAAGACAGUCGAAGAAGACGCAUCCUCGGGAGGGAAGUUUGACCCCAGCAAGCCUGCAACUGAAACUAGCCAAGUGCAGAAAACGGACAUGGAGCUUGAUGGAAUGCCCAUGGCUGAUGAUAACAUGGAGGGGGAUAUCGAUGGAGAGCCUAUGAGUGACAUCGACGGCGUGCCCAUGGAAGACAGUGAUCUGGAAGAUGAGAACAUCGAUGGGCAGCCUAUGGAGGAAGAUGAACCGGCCCAAGCUCAGCCUGAUCUCGAAAGCACGCAAGCUGCGUCCGAAAAGCCUGCAGGAGAACAGUCAUCUGAGGCACAGCGUGAUUCCCUUCCAGCUCGAAAACCACGACCCAAGGCAGAAGACAUGUUUGCAGACUCGGAAUCGGGAGAAGAAUAG